AUGUCUUCCUCUACAAGGGCAAAGCGUUGCCAAACUAUGAAAUUUGCAGUAGGUGACUGUGUUAAGGCUCUGUGGCCUCCUGGUGGCACAUGGCAUUCUGCAAGUGUUGUUGCUAUCAAAAGAGGGAGGUACAUUGUGAGAUAUAAAGAUGACAGCCUGGAAAGAAGUGUUCAAGAGCACCAGGUGGCUAAGGAACCCUCACACUCAUCUGAUGUGGAAUUGGCGGGGCAGAGUACAUGCGAUGCCAAUAAGGACAUCCAUCACAAGGUGGCUAAGGAACCUGCACACUCAUCUGAUGUGGAAUUGGUAGGGCAGAGGACAUACGAUGCCAAUAAGGACAUCAAUCACAAGGUGGCUAAGGAACCUGCACACUCAUCUGAUGUGGAAUUUGUGGGGCAGAGUACAUGCGAUGCCAAUAAGGACAUCAAUCACAAGGUGGCUAAGGAACCUGCACACUCAUCUGAUGUGGAAUUGGCGGGGCAGAGUACAUGCGAUGCCAAUAAGGACAUCAAUCACAAGGUGGCUAAGGAACCUGCACGCUCAUCUGAUGUGGAAUUGGCGGGGCAGAGUACAUGCGAUGCCAAUAAGGACAUCAAUCACAAGGUGGCUAAGGAACCUGCACACUCAUCUGAUGUGGAAUUUGUGGGGCAGAGUACAUGCGAUGCCAAUAAGGACAUCAAUCACAAGGUGGCUAAGGAACCUGCACACUCAUCUGAUGUGGAAUUUGUGGGGCAGAGUACAUGCGAUGCCAAUAAGGACAUCAAUCACAAGGUGGCUAAGGAACCUGAACACUCAUCUGAUGUGGAAUUGGCGGGGCAGAGUACAUGCGAUGCCAAUAAGGACAUCAAUCACAAGGUGGCUAAGGAACCUGCACACUCAUCUGAUGUGGAAUUGGCGGGGCAGAGUACAUGCGAUGCCAAUAAGGACAUCAAUCACAAGGUGGCUAAGGAACCUGCACACUCAUCUGAUGUGGAAUUUGUGGGGCAGAGUACAUGCGAUGCCAAUAAGGACAUCAAUCACAAGGUGGCUAAGGAACCUGCACACUCAUCUGAUGUGGAAUUGGUGGGGCAGAGUACAUGCGAUGCCAAUAAGGACAUCAAUCACAAGGUGGCUAAGGAACCUGCACACUCAUCUGAUGUGGAAUUUGUGGGGCAGAGUACAUGCGAUGCCAAUAAGGACAUCAAUCACAAGGUGGCUAAGGAACCUGCACACUCAUCUGAUGUGGAAUUUGUGGGGCAGAGUACAUGCGGUGUCAGUAAGGACAUCAAUCACCAGAUAACUUAA